AUGAGUGAAGGAAUUAACGAGGAAUCAAAAAUUCUUACUUUAGCCCAAAUACAAAGACCAUUUCUUAUGGAUGGGAAUGUAGUUUUAUUUGUUAAAAAAUGGAAAAAGAGAUAUGUUGUAUGGAAAGAUGAUAAAUUAUUUUUCUUUGAAAAGAAUUAUGGAAAAGAAGUUCCUAAAGAAGUAUUUAUAAUGAGUAGUGACACUACAAUGACAACAGAAAUAGACCAAAAAGAAAAAAAGAAUGUUGUUAGAUUUAAAGGAGUUUCAGGUGAAAUUAUGAUAUUAGCUGAUGAAAGUAUUUCAUUUAUUGAAAUGGCAUUUAAAUUAUUUAAAACUAAUUUAGGUUGUGAAAAAAAGAAAGAAGAAAUUGAAAAAUUAAAAGGAUUUCAAAAAGAAACUGAAGAAAAUAAAAUUCCUCCUUGGGAAGAAAUUAAAAAUAAAAUAAAUAUUAAAAGUAAAAUUAAUGGAAAAGAAUUACAAUUAUUAUUUAAAGAAUUAGGAAAAACAGUAACAGAACAAUAUUUUUAUUCAAUUGUAAAAGAAAUAAUUUGUCAAUGGAGUGAUGAUGAAAUUAUAGAAUUUGGAUAUCAACAAUUCUGUGAAGAAGAUUUAGAAGAUUUUGGUUCAUUGUUUGGAGGAAGAGAUAGUUCUUCAACUGAAAUUCAAUUUGUAUUAGGAACAAAUGAAGAAAAUAUACUUAGAUUACUUGAAAUUUAUAUGAAAAUAUAUAAACAAUUUAAAUUGGAAUGGAGUGAAUUAACAAAAUGUUUAUUAGUAGCAAUGGCAUGUUGGGAGUUGUUUUCAAAUACUGAAUUAUUUAAUGUUAUAGUUAUUUACUUGAGCAAACAAUUUGAUAUUUAUCAACUUUUAACAUUCUUACACCUUUAUUGUGAAUUUGAAUCUGAUUUAAACUUACCGUUAUGGUCUUCAUUCCCUUCUCAUAUAGAGUUAUUAUUCAAAUCAAUUUGUUCUUCUUGGACUCUUGAGCAAAAAAAUUUACUUAUUUCAAUAAUUGAUGACACUUGGGAAUGGACACAGCAACAAAUAAGUGCAUUAAAAUCUUUGUUAAUCCCUUCGUAA